AUGGAUGGUAAAGGAUUAAUUGAUUUGGCCCAUUUGGAAAGCUUAAUUGACUCACAAACACGAGCUAUAAUAGUUAACAAUCCUUCAAACCCGACAGGAGUGGUUUUUCCAAAGGAGCAUUUCGAACAAAUUUUGGAAUUGGCAAAAUAUAAGUUUCCUAUCAUUGCUGAUGAAAUUUAUGGUGAUUUGUUAUAUGGUGAAGGCGCCCGUUUUCAUCUAAUGGCAACAUUAAGUCCUCAUGUCCCAAUAAUAACUUGUGAUGGAAUUGGAAAAAGAUAUCGUCCCUGGAUGGAGGCUUGGUUGGCUGAUUGUACAUGA